AUGUCUUCUUCCUCGCCGCGCCUCGUCCCGGUGUCAGCGAUGCGAGAGGUGAAAUCUGGCGUGCACGUUUGUCUCGCCAUGCAAAACACGCGGGCCGAAGAAGCGCUUUCUGAUCAGGCCAGGACGAAUCACACACCGGUGCCAGAGGCCGAGCCUGUUCAUCAAUACUGGACAGAUGAUAUUUGCGAUCGAGGUCUCUUUGAGGUCAUCAUGCAGGUUUAUCUGCAGCAUAAUUACCCCCUUGUUCCUGUGGUACAUAGACCUUCUUUCAAGAGUUCCCUUCAGGAUGUCAACCAGCGGGAUGAGUCCUUUGCAGCCGUAACAGUUGCCAUCGCCGCGCUGGUCGUGGCCACGAUGCCGAGCAGCUUCCAAGCUUAUAAAGCGCAUAAUCCACCCCUGAGGUUAUCAUCGCGGAAAGAAAUGGUUCACUUAUGUCAUAGGAAGGUUGUGAAUUUGCGCGAGUCGACAUACUACGAUAAAAUGAAUUUUCAAAAGUUUGCCAUUUCGUACCUGUUCUUCGCGGCGUUUUUGCAGCUUGGCGACCAUAAUUGGUCGCGUAUGUUGAGCGUGGAGGCUUUUCAGUUGGCCCGGUCAUUGAAUUUACAUAGGAUAGCGUAG